GCCGCAUCGCCCCGCCCCGCUUUUAUCUUUCCCAAUAAAAAAGCAAAGAGGCGCCCUGCGUACUAGGAUUAGUAGAAACGCUACCUAGUAGUGAGAUCGCGUGCUCUUUGACCGAACUCUUCAUGGCAAAUUCGGAGUUGUCCCCGCCGCCUUCCCCGGCUAAAGGGGAGCGCCUUCCCGCAGGUAAGGAGGCGGGUUGUCUGAGAAAAGUCAAAGCUGGAAGCAUGGAAGUUUCUAAGAAGCUAGAAAAUGCACCAGUUGAAAGAAGUUCUAAAUUCGCUGGAAAAGAGAAAACUAGUUCUGCUCCAGUCAAAAAAGUACAGAGCGUGAGUAUCUUACUAACAGACACCUUUCAGAAAUUGAAGCAUACAUUUCCAGCCACCGCAGCACAAGGAGCAUAUGAGAAGCCACGACCUACUCUGGAAAAAAUUGUAUUGCCCAAACGAAUGUGCAUUAUUCAGCAGCCACGGAAAUGUUAAACAUGUAGAAUAAAAUAUUCAUAUAUUUGACAGACUUGCACUUAACAAAAACACCAGUUAGCUACCGUGUUUCCCUGAAAAUAAGACCCAGUCUUAUUUUUUUUUUAACCCUAAAAUAAGCGCUUGGCCUUAUUUUAGGGGAGGUCUUAUUAUUUUGGGCCGCGUGGAGCAAGAUGGGGCUUCUCCUGCCGUCUUUCCCGAUUUCCAGUUCUGCAUUUAAAUAUUUUUGGGGAGGGCUUAUUUUCAGGGGGAGGCUUAUCUUAGUGCAUGCGCUCAAAAAGGCCAAUUGGGUUUAGGGGAUGUCUUAUUUUCGGGAAAACAGGGUAGGCAAGCAGUAAAUAGACCAAAUCACUCAGGCAUUUUGUUUUUUUCACAAUAAAAACUGUGUAUAUUCCAUUGUUGUUGUUUUUUCUUGAAAUGAUGAAGAUUUUCAUUUUUGUUUUAGCAUAAUUUCUUAGUGACCACAAACCCUUAUUUUCCUAUUUUCUACUAUGUUAUUAUAGCAAUUACAGCUUGGAAUAGAGAAGCACUUUUCUGAAACUGUAUCUGCUAGAGUGGCAGAAAUGUUCUAGCCUCAUUAUGUGUCUUUUUAAAAAAAGCAAACAAAACCAUUGAGAAUGGGGAUAUAUAGAGAAAACAGAUGACAGAACAUUCAUAACUUCUGUAUUUAAAGUUAGAUACCAAUUGUUGUUAAUACACUAGUUGUUUCCUGAUAAUGGUAUCGGUGCGCUGAGGAUAAGAAGCAUAAAUAGGGACACUUUGUUUCUCAGGAUACCAUUAGGUUAGUUUGGACCAGGGGUGAGUUCUACUUACCUUUACUACCGGUUCACAAUGGGACUGCACGCGCAUGCGCAAAUCGUCCAUGAUGACAUCCGGGCAGGUGGACGGAGCCUCCUGCCGCUUUUACUACUGGUUCGCAGGAACCGAACUGAACUGGGAGCAACCCACCACUGCUUUGGAGAGAGAAAAAGAAAGUUAUUACCGGUAGUUUCUAUAAUGAGUCUAUUACCAGCACAUGAAAAAUUAAUUCUUUCACACACAAAAUAAAUAAUUUGACUUACUCCUUAGAAUCUAGGCUUAGUAUAAUAAGUAUAGUAUUGUGAUAGUAUAGGCUACAUCAAGGAGCAUGCAUCUUUAAUGGCCAUGAUUUCUAUUCUGAAGAGUUCAGGUUCAUAAAAGUUAUAUUCUGGGGCAACCAGCAACAGUGCCAUAGAAUAACAGCCAAAAAAAUGGAUAAAGUUUGUAGAAAAAUAGGUGACACCAGAUAAAAUAUUUAAGUUCUGCUGUUUGGAUACCUCUGAAUGUUAGUGCUUAGACUGAUUAACAAUGAUUGUAUAUAAUGUAGCUUUUAGAAACCUUCAAGUAAAACCAACUCUAUCCCAUUUAUAUCUUCCUUUUUCCUCCAGGAACUCAGAGACUAUGUAUGUGGUUCUUCAUUCUCCAAUAUUAUUGACCCACAACCUUGCGAGGCUGAGGGUUUCAUGCCUGAGUGAGAAUUUGAAUGUAAUCCAACAAGCAUAAGCAAUAAUUCCUCACUGAGUAGGAAGUCAGCUUAAAUGUAAGUGAACCUAGCUAAAAAAUGUCUUUGCCUGCUGAUGGAAGAGUAGCAGAGAUGACGCUAACCUACUUUCCAUUUCUACAGAAUCCUAUCCCCUUAUGACUCAAGGCCUAUGGGAUACAUGUUUGACAGUAUUUGUUUGAAAAUGCAGAAAACAGAUAAGAUAUAAAUAGCAAAGAGCAGAACAACACACAGUAAGAAACAUUGAAAGAGGUGGGAAAACCUACACGAUAUGGAACAGGGUAUAAAUAUAUAGCUACUUUUAAUGAAAAAUAUAAACUUUACAUUUCUGCCCAGAAAGAUAUUUCUGCUAAUAAAGGAGAAUAUUCGUAACUCAGGGUUGACAUGAGGGGUCCUUAUUGCUGUCUGAACUUGGUGGUUUACUUGCAGAUUAGCAGUAGUACUGAUGAUGUUACCUAGUUUGGGUAAUAAAAUGUCUGCAAGAAAUCAAAAUCAAAAUCAAAAUAAUAAAUAAAAUAAAAACCAGCAAGCUCAGAGAGCACCAAAGACAUUUAAGACAUUGAGAGUAUAAAACAUCCUUAAUGAUAAUACAACUCAACACUCUACUGUUGUAUUAAUUCUCCCAAAUGGUGCUAAUCCAAAUAAAGGUGUGCAGUUGUCAGUCUUGUAAAAAUGGGUCAGCAGGUUUCAAUAAGAUCCUCAUAAAUCUUCCAAACUGCAUUUGUUGAUUUUUUAAAAUAAAAUGUGUCUUCCAAAAUUGGCUUCUAUGUCAUUAAGAAUAGGUAUCAGCUAUUGUGAUGCCAUUGUUUUUUCAAACAGAAUAUUAGAAGUUAAAUAGAACAAACAUUAAGAACUCCAGACUGGUGCUUAGGAAAGGCUUAAGUGCCUAAAACUUUCUACGUAUAAUUUGUAAUAGCUCACUGGCUUUUUUUGCCUUUAAGGAUUUGGAAGAGGUUACUUUAACCUUGAAAAAAAACAGAGUAGAGAAAUAAAAAAGGACUCUUUUUUAAAGUUGUUUGUAUUUUUCAGGAGCACAAACAUGUAGAGAGAGAAAAGGGAAUAAGGAGAAAGUUAUUUUAUUUUUUAUCUUGCAACUCUUGCUCUUUUGCAUGAUGAGCAUGUCUUCUGAGUAGUCAGACAGAAAUGGAGAAUCUAGAAUCUAGGCUAGAAUGGAUUCUGCAGAAGUUCAGUUUGAUAAAUGAAAACAUGUUAUUAGCUUAGAAAUGAAUGCAGUGGUUUUCAGUAAUUCUACAAAUAGCACUUUUUGCAUGAUCUCAUCUGUUGAAAAACUCCCAGCUUUCUGCUGGGAAAUCUCAGCACAUUGCACAAAAUUCACAUUUUCUAGAAUGCAAUUGGAAUUUGUACUGGAAGUAUUUUGCGUCAUGAAAUGAGUGAUAUGCAACAUCAAGAAAUAGGAUUUCCACUGUCCUAAAAACAGGCAUCAAUAAAGCACGUUGGGUUUAACACGGCAACCACUUAAAUUCUCUUAUCUAAAUUCUGUCCAUUAAUGUGCUUUCAGGAGUAUCCAGCACCAUUUCCAACCCAAACCAGAGUCUUGUUUUUAAGCUUUCGAAAAUGUUUGACUGAAAAUCUCAUUUAAAUUAAACUUUUGUCCUAACAGCCUGCUUUCGCUUGUACAGGUAGUCCUCGACUUACGACCACAAUUGAGCCCAAUAUUUCUGUUGUUAAGACAUUUGAUAAGUGAAUUUUGCCCCAUUUUAUGACCUUUCUUGCCACAGUUGUUAAGUGACUCGUUGCAGUUGAUAAGUUAGUAACCGGUUGUUAAGUAAAGUUGGCCUUCCCAUUGACUUUGCUUGUUAGAAGGUCGCAAAAAGGGAUCACAUGACCCAGGAUGCUGCAACUGUCAUAAAUAUGAGCCAGUUGACAAAUGCCUGAAUUUCGAUCCCGUGACCAUGGGGAUGCUGCAAUGGUCCUAAAUGUGAAAAAUGGUCGUAAGUCACAUUUUUCAGUGCCAUUGUAACUUUGAACGGUCACUAAAUGAACUGUUGUAAGUCAAGGCCUACCUAUACUUAGCACCUUUCUGAUUGUUCUAUAAUUCUGCACAACUCCACAAUCCCAAUAUAGUUAGAUAUUAUUUACUCCAACAAUGGGUGUGUUUGCAUAUUUUAUGAUUGUUGCAUUUGUAAUCUGGCUUUCCAAUUAUUGCCAAAUGACAACUGCCAGCUGCCCCACCCACAACAACCAUUGCCAUAGUGAGUUAAGCUUUUGGGAAUCAUAGUUUGGCUUAUUUGGACGACAGAGAAUUUCCAUUUCUCUUCAAUUUACUUUGGUACACAGUAAUGAUUUACUGUACCAUGGAACAGUUUUAAAAAAUUAAGAAAAGCAGAUUGUUGUAGAAAUAGGCAACUUGUAGAUCUCCAGAUAUGCUGAAACACAGCCUCCAGCUAUGCCUCUCAUUGGUUAUAAGGCUUUAAUUGCUGGUGUUGCACUUCAAUAAUAUCUAUAGGUCAGCAGAUGACUCAUUUCUACAUUAUAGUCAUAUGAACUAGAUGGUAUUUCACAUUCAGAAAGUCAUCUAGAGCCUGAAAUGUUACUGUAUUUAGAUAUUUAGUCACAUUCUUUGAAUUAUCCAAUCAACAACAUUCCAUAACUAUCUCACAGAAUUAAGUUCUUCAGAAUAUAAACAUAUAAUGGAUAACAAAUGAAUGCAGUAACUUUUGAACUUUAUCCCAACAGUGAAAAUGAAUCAAAAUUAUUUAAAAUAGCUCUUUUUUUCCUGAGUAUAUUUUCAGGGUACUCUUUUUAUAUAAGAAUGUUUCACUAUUCUAAUCGUUUCUUCCAAGCCUUUAUUUUUACUGAGCCAAAAUACAUCAUUUUGGACAUUAUUCACCCAAUAUUUUAAUCAGAUUAGUUAUCACUUUGCAAUAUUUUUGUUUUAUUUUGAUGUGGCAUUAUUCAAUAUUAGUUGUCUGCUCUAGAUUUUAUUUUAUUUUGUUGCCACCAGAUGGCAGUAGAUGCCUACAAAAUAUAUAUAUUUUUCCCACUCUUGACACUUCUGUUUAUUUUGUAAAUAAAACAUGACGGCAAGAAUUAAGAAAAUUUUAUAUUUCAUAAUAUAUUGAACUUUGCAUUCAUCUCUCUCCCUUCCUCUCUGAGUGAGUGCAUGUAUAAAUAAUUAAAAUUGGGCCAUGAUACACUGAACAGCUUUAAAAACAUAAGUAUGCUUAAGUCUCUUGGAAAUCAGAGUUAUUCUGUGGUAAGAUGGGCGGCCAAUAAAUUUAAUAAAUAAAUAAUAAAUAACUCACUUAAUUCCUUUAUCACUUUUAUAUGCUAAUAUCUCUGUUUUAGGAAAAAAGUUAAACAAAAUGAACUUUGUAAAAACUGAUGAAUUUUAGGUGAUUUUGCCUUUAUGUCAUUUUAAAAUGAUAUGGCAGCCUUCCAAACAAAAGGCUGCAAUUAUAUAUGUAUGUAAAAUGGAUACAGUAGAAUUAUACCCAUGUCCGUAUGUGGGUGUAAUUCCACUAUAUUGUACCGCAUAUGUUUAUUUCUCAAAUGGAUAUUUCAGUGUAUAAUAUUUGUAUAUUGAUAUAACAUUUGUAAGUUGCUAUACUUUUAUAAAGUUUAAAUUGUACUGAUUUUAUUAUACAUAUUUUAUGACUGGAAAUGUUUUCAUUAUAGUAAAUCCAUUUGGUUUUAAAAAGUAGCACUGUGUAUAACUUCAUGAAAUAAAUAACAUUCUGGCUUCA